UACCUUUUCUUUUUGUACUAAUUGUUUAUUGAAAGUAAUAAAUAAGGAAGAGAAAAGGAAAAAAAAGAAAAAAAAAAAGAAUUAAAAAAUGCUAAACGUCGAAGAGAAAAAUCCAUGCGAUGAUUUACAAAUCGAUGAACGCGUUAUAAAAGAGGAUAAACUUCCUUGUCCUAUGAUGGAAGAAGUUCAAAAGGAGCCAAAUGAACAAAAAAUAAAUCCAAUGUACUUACCUCAACCAGGAGAUGAACUUCCAAUGAAAGAUGAAGGACCAAUGGAUGCAACUACUCCAUGGGCAACAGGUCAAGUUACAUAUACUCCACAGGCUGGUAUAACAGGUUUACGACCUGUUGCGGAUCGUUAUUCUAUAACUAGAUUUGGUCCAAGCGAAUGGAGAGCACACAAUCAUACAUUUUUUCAACAAUCGGACGAAAAUAUUCAAAAAGCUCAACAUGCUACUUUUGCCGCAAAACAAUGUAUUGAGAGAGUAUACAGAGAGGCUGAUAAAGUCCAAUUAGAAACAACGGAUCAUUUAAGGACACGAGCAAAUGUUGUCUAUCGAUGGAAAUUAGAAUUAGAUAAUGCGCUUCAAAAUAUUACCGAAGAAAUAACAUUAUUAGAAGGGGAAAGACGUAGAGUAAAACAAUCUCUAUCGGUUAUAACUAUUCCCGAAUCUAUAGCUGGUGAAUUUUUACAAUUACGUGGUACUCGUCUCGAAUCUGACCUCGUUAAGGAUAACGUUGAGAAAGAGCUUACAAAGGAAGUAGCACUUUGCUCGGAAAUACGUGAUUUGCUUAAUAGGACUCGUGAACAAAUAGAAAUGCAAUUAAUCGAAUUGAAGGCAGCUAAAGCGCGAAUGGAAAAUGAUUGGACCGAUAAAAUCGAUGCUUAUAAAAUUGAUAAUAAUUGUAUCAAAAUGAAUAAUGAAUCACCUCUCAUAUUGUGGAAGCCCGGUGCUACAAGAUUUCCAGCCGAACAAUCAACACCAGCGAGUUACGAACAUUUUACACGAGAAACAUUAUCCGCCGGUGAAAACGUGAGACAAAGAUCAAUGACUCUUCGUUCGACUUUAAGUGAUAUUUAUAAAAAAUCGCUGAAAGAUCUACGCGAUCAGGCGAGUCAGGUGGAUAUUGCGUUAGCUGCACAAAUCAAUCUAACAGAAGGAAUAUGUCAGCAGUUAGAAAAAGAAUUGCAAAGGUGUUUACAGGAACUCGCGAAUACAGAAAAUUUGAUCGAAGAACUUCGAGGAUCCACGAAGGGUUUGGAUAAUGCAAUGAAAUUGGCACAGACACGUUUAUCGGAACGUCUAUUACGACGUAACGUUGAGAGUUGUCGCGAUGUUCCACAAUUCGCGCUCGUAGAUGAAGUUAAAUCUCUGGGAGAACGCGUUACUGCCACUCUAGGCGAACUAAAAAGUGCCGAAGAUACACAGGCUGGCUUGGUCAAAGCUAGAGGUGAUUUAGAACGUGAGAUAUUAAUUAAACGAAAAACUUUGUAUAUAGACAGACAACGUGGACAAUUACUUCGUUCAUUCUACCCUUCAGCUGCAGCGCUUUCAGGAUUCUAAAUGAUCUAUGCACACGUAUAUUAAUGAUAUAAUUGCCAUAUUAGUAAGUCCAAAAUUCCGUUAUUCAAAAUUAAAACAAUUUACAUUAUAAUCAUUGUUAAAAUUAUGAUAGUGAUAAUUACAGAAUAGAUCAUAACAAAUAUCCUCUGUGCUUGUGUGUCUAUGUUGCUUCGAAUGUAAAAGUACGUUCAUAAAAUAUACAAAUCACCAAGCUUUGA